GCAUCUGUGAAAAUAUUUUUUAUUUUUUUCGAAAACAUCGUUCCGCGGACUUUUUAAGCUUAGCUGGAAGCACAAUGUCCGAACAACAAAGCCCCGCUGGAUGUGAAAGCGAUACAGUCAUGCCACGAUCUGCUGUGAAACGAAAAUACCAACCCGAAAUGGCUGACUUUCAUUCGAACGAACCUGGCAAUGAUGGGAAAUCUACAGUAAAAUUCAACGACAUGGGUGACCAUGUAAUUGAUGUGAUUCUGUGUUACUUGCAUCUAGAAGACUUGGCGAACAUUUCCGACGUAAGCACACGUCUUAGAGGUCUCGCUAGUUUGGUGUUUUCACGGAAACAUGCGCAUCGUUUAAUAUCAAUGGAUGUGUAUCGUUAUGGGAGUAAUAAUUGCAAAGAAUUACGUGAGCAUUAUAAAAUAGUUUGCAAACACGAUGUGGUAGUGAGGAUCCCUGACGCUGAGACUUCAUUUAAAUUAUUGCGAAAUUUUGGAGCGUCCAUUAAACAUGUUCGUAUUCAUAAUGUCGAGUAUGGACAAAAUAAGACGUACAUUUUGAACGUUUUGCAGAAUCUGAACAAAUAUAUAUCUGAUUUCUGCAGCGAUUCGCUGGAAACACUUGAUGUGCAAGGGUAUCGAUUUCUGACUUUGAAUAAGCCGUUCAGAAAUCUUCGGGAGCUCUAUUUAUUCGCAAGAGGUUUUGAGAGCUCGGAAGCACUUGAUUUUAUGCCAAAUGUGCGUACAUUGAGGCUAGGUAGCAUUCCAAAGACAAUGGCAAAAAGUUAUGCAAAAGUGGAACGAAUUCAUAUGCAAGUAGAAAGCGAUGAAGAAGUGCAGACAUUCAUUUCAUUCAUACGCUUGAAUCGACAAAUCAAAUAUUUAUAUUUAUUCAUAUCCUAUCACUGCAGACCUGAACACAAUGGUGCAAUAUAUUCUUCGAUCGCUGAUAACUUAACGCAAUUAACAACCUUCAAAUUAUACGAAUCCAAUCGGCCGCAACUGUUAUCCCGACAUCGAUUUCAAGGAGUCGAAUCAUUUUCGGUUGAAUGUCGCGGUGCCCUUCACAUGUUUGAAUUCAAUGGCCUAAGAAAACUUACGCUAGAAGGGGUCCACGCAGAUCCCCCGAAUUGUGUGACAAUUGCACAGCGCAAUAAAAAGUUGAAAAUAUUGAAAUUACCCAAUCUAACAGAGGCGUACGAGAGUGACAGUUUCAUUCAGAGUUUGUUGAACGAAUUACCUGAAUCGUAAGAAACGUUUAGGAGUUACGAAAUCGUCCUUUUUCAUAGGAACUAACGUAUCCAAUUUGAGUUAUCUGAAAAUACGCAAUUUUGCUUAUUUUCAUACAAACAUGAAUAUUUCGAAGUUCAAUAUCUCGGCCAAUAUUUGGAAGCUGCAGUAACGUGUGAUAGCUCGUUGAACUCGUAUGGAUGCUCAGAUUCCAAAUAUCUAAGUUUGGUGGAGUAAGGGGAGAAUUCAAAAAGUUGCUGUAAAUAUGCAUGCUCCGCCGUCCUCAAAAUUAAACGUGCGCGCAUGAUAUAAAUAUAAAGGUUUGUCUAACGAUGGUGAUUGUAAUGAAAUUGUAAUAAAAUGAGUUUUGGAGAUAAUGUAACUAGAUAAGGAAAUAAUAAAUGUAUGGAAUUUAGAUAA